GUUGGUUACUUAAAAAAAUCAAAUAAAAUACAACUCCUCCGUGCGACAUCUUAAAAUCAGUCGGCUUAGUUCACGGAGGUUGUCCGAGGACUUUCUAACCUGUCAGUCGAGUAGUCAGUCGUGUCGUGAGUUCGUGAGUCGUGAGCGGUGACGUGCUCCAAAAGCUCCAAUAAGUCAUAAAUUUCGUAAAAAUGUUCAGAAAAAUCGUGUUCUCGUUAUUUUAGUUAAAAAUUCAUAAGUUUUGUGUUCUUUUUUAUUUUUUGAAAUUCUAAAUAACCCCAAAAUGAGCACGGGUGCGGAAAAAAGUCCAAACUCGGCAUUGAUUCGUCGUGUCAAUAAACUGCUGGAAUCAAGACCAGAAAAUGACAAGGAGACCCUCGAGGCUCUCAGAGAACUAUCCAAUUUCUUUGAAGAAAAUACGCUCAAUUCCCGACGCAAUCUUAGAAGUAAAAUUGAGAAAAGAAGCUUGACAAUUAAUGAGAAUUUUUUGUCUGCGUUCAGAGAAGUCAAAUCUACUCUUGAUGAUAUUCAUCGAGAAGUUUUAGCCAUGAACACUUCUAUACAAUCGAUGACCAACAGACUUCAAAAUACUAAGACCCAAACAAUUAGUCUAAUCGACAGAACCACAAAACUUCAGAAUGAAAGCAAAAAGUUGUCCAUGCAGCAAGAUGUAGCAAAGGCAUUUCUCCAGAGUUUUGAACUGUCAAGAUCGGAAAUUGGUGUAUUGCACGGUUCAACUCGUGAGGAGCCGAUAACGGAUGAAUUUUUUACAGUAGUCAAUAAACUUCAGAGUAUACAUGCAAGUUGUAGAAUUUUAAUGCAAUCCGGAUAUGAAACAUUGGGUCUGGAUGUGAUGCAAAGGAUGACCUUGCUCCAAGAAGCUGCGUUAGAAAGAUUGUAUCGAUGGACGCAGAGCCAAUGCAGACAUAUUGAGAAUGAAAGCUUAGUGCCGCUGCUUGUAAAAGCAAUGAGCAAGUUACAAGACAGGCCUGUUCUCUUCAAAUAUAUUUUGGAUGAAUAUUGCACUGCAAGAAGAGCAGUGCUGGUCGGAGCUUUUAUCGAUGCUCUUACCCUUGGCACUGUUUUUGGUGUCACUCCAAAUCCUAUUGAAAUGCAUGCCGAUGACCCUACACGCUACGUCGGCGACAUGCUGGCCUGGCUUCAUCAAUCGAUACCCGUAGAAAGAGAAAAUAUUCUUACUCUCCUCAAAUCAUGCGACAAAACAGAUGUAACGGAUCAGGUGAAACACGCUUUGGGAAAUAUAACCGAAGGUCUCUGUCACCCUUUGAAAUCUCGAAUCGAGCACAUUGUAGCGGAAGAAGCUCCAGCCACAGUUCUCUACUCCGUGAUGACGCUGAUACGAUAUUACCGAGGGAUCAUCGCGGAUGUCGUGGCCGAAAGCGUUUUGGUCGAGACUUUGGACGAAUUAUUGGAUUCGAGUGAAAAAAGUUUUUCCACGAGACUGCAGCGGGAAACUCGAGCUGCGCUCGGCGAGAGAGCUGAACCUCCGGGACAAGAUCUCGUUCCGGCAGCCUCGGUAGCUAGACUUUUGUCUCUUCUCAAUGACGUGCUCUCGGUUGCGAGUAUCGUCAGUGGCGAGGAUCGUGAAAAGGACAUGCUGCGAAUCGUUUCAUGCAUAAUCGAUCCACUGUUGCAAGAAGUCGACGAAACCGCAACGAGGCUUCCUUCCGUUGACAUGGCCGUUUAUCUUCUGAACUGUUUACAUCAAAUUCAAUCGACUCUUUCGCUGUACGAAUACAUGGACCAAAGACUCGAAAGAUUGCAGGCACAAUCUGACGCUCAGAUCGAUACGUUGACCUCCGAACUUGCAAGCUCUCUCGUCGCUAAUUUGAACCUAAGUCCCAUUUACACUAUUCUUCAGAGCCGGGAUCAAGGAGUCGCACCUUUGUCCUCGAUACCGGGAAUGGAUCCUGUUAAUAUCAAAGAAUUUACGAACAAAAUGGAAGAAUUUUUAGUAAUGACGGAAGCUUUUCUCUUGCCACAAAUAAGUUUGCUUCAAAGCAACACGUAUCGAGCUACGACGCAAAAACGAUCGUUCCAAGUAAUUGGAGCUAUUUACAGACAGCUUUAUGAGGCAUGUCACGAUCCGAAAAAUCUGUACCAAAAUCCUGAGAGCCUUUUUCCACGAACGCCGGAGGAUCUUAUAAAUAAACUUAUUUCACAAUAAUUUUAUUGAUAGUUACGUUCAAUCAUUGUACGAUCGAGAAUUUUAUGAAAAUAUUGUUAUCGUUAUGCGUCAA